AUGACCAAUUCAAGUCAACGCUCGUUUCGCAGCUAUGCUGUUCCUGCCCUCACCAAAAUAUUGCACGGAACUGCACCGUUCAUAAGCAGUUUUCUACUCAUUCAUCUCUCCGCGCCAAUGUUAGCUAAUCUGGGUGGUUCGUCAUUAGCUUCACAAACGAUGCUUCUCGGUCGGGAAUACUAUCAAACAGAACUCGGUGAACAAUACCUGCUACUUGCUCCCCUUGUUGCCCAUGGAUUGUCUGGCCUUGCCAAACGAGCAGUCUCCCCGUCGAAUGCACCUCCACGACCCUGGACGAGUCUUUUGUCUCUCACAGGUUACGCAAACAUCGUAUUCUUCCUUCCGGUCCACUUCAUGACCCAUCGUGUUUUCCCUCAAUUACCAGACCCACCAAUUCAAGCCCUUGGUCCUUCGGAGCUCGAUUUCGAAUACGUUAAAUUUGCACUGACACGGUGGCCAAAGCGAAGUUGGUUUUUAUAUGGUGGACUAGUGAUCUGUGUGGUGCUUCAUACCGUUGAAGGGCAGCGGCUGCUGUUCAAAUCGUAUUUCGCGCAGUCAAUGGGCAGAAUGGGGGCUGCUGCCCAAACGAGAUUGAGAGCCAUAGGAUUGUCAUUGGCAGCGCUUCCUGUGUUGUCUGGACUUUGGGUUAUGUCUCAGGAGCCACUAAUGGCAUUUCCGUCUGCGUUUUCACGCUUCCAGGCGUCGUUCACCCACUCGCCAUUUUAUAGAUUCUGA